UGAGGCCAAACCACACAAGCCGCACGCCCGCAGGCCACACACCUACAACUCUCGCGGUGGUUCCGCUCGUCUCCCCCGUCCCCAUGGCCAGACCGCCGCCGCCGCGCCUCCUCUCCUCCUUCCUCGGCGACCGCCUCUUGCUCUCCUCCAGGCCGCUAAUCCUCCGCUCCGCUGCCCCAGGAAGCAGGCGGAUGGCGUAUCAGGCGACGAGGACGCUAUGCAACUUGGUGGAUAUCCUCUUCAACAGGAGGAGUCAGGAUGACGCACCAGAAAACAACCCUAGACGCUUACGUCCUGGGAAAGUAUCUCCACGCCUAAGUGUUCCCAAUCAUAUACAAUUGCCUCCGUAUGUCAAUUCUCGUCAGAGACCUGGCGUGACUAAUGGACCUGAAAUACAUGAUGAGAAAGGGAUUGAGUGCAUGAGAGCUUCUGGAAAGCUUGCUGCGCAGGUUUUAAAGUUUGCUGGAACUCUUGUAAAGCCAGGCAUAACCACUGAUGAGAUUGAUAAAGCAGUGCACCAAAUGAUAGUCGAUAAUGGAGCGUAUCCUUCACCUCUUGGUUACUGCGGAUACCCAAAGAGUGUCUGCACUUCAGUGAAUGAAUGCAUCUGCCAUGGGAUACCAGAUUCUCGUCCACUUGAGGAUGGCGAUAUCAUCAAUAUUGAUGUUACUGUCUACCUCAAUGGUUACCAUGGUGAUACAUCCGCUACGUUCCUCUGUGGUGAUGUUGAUGACGAAGCUAAGAAAUUAGUUCAGGUGACAAAAGAAUGCCUUGACAAGGCUAUAUCAAUCUGUGCCCCUGGGGUGGAGAUCAAACGAAUUGGCAGAACCAUACAGGAUCAUGCAGAUAAAUUCAAGUUUGGUGUUGUUCGACACUUUGUUGGCCAUGGGGUAGGAAAAGUGUUUCAUGCUGAGCCUGUUGUGCCUCAUUUCAGAAACAAUGAAUGGGGUCGUAUGAUGUUGAAUCAAACAUUUACUAUAGAGCCCAUGCUAACCUUGGGGAGCAUAAAUCCUGUCAUGUGGUCCGAUGACUGGACAGCUGUGACGGAAGACGGCAGCUUGUCAGCACAAUUCGAACACACGAUACUGAUUACCGAGGAUGGCCCGGAAAUAUUAACACAGUGUUAAUGGAAGGCGGAAGAAGAACAAUUGAUAGUCGGCUGGCGAGAUCCUGCAUUUUGUGGACUAAUUGGUCCAAUCUAAACUCAUGCAAAAUGGCAUAUUCACGUAUAAUUAAUCUCAUUUGAAAUUGUCCUGUUUUGACGUUAAAUUUGUGUGUUAUUCUAAUGCUCUCUUCAC